CCACCCCAAACCCAAAGAGAGCCCACGAACAGAAGAAGGGAGAGGAACAUCACCUCAUUUUCCCUUUCUCCUUCGUUCUCAUGGCUUCUCUGUUAUACACCAAAUCAAAUCCACUGGCUUCCUUCCUCCCCAAAACUAAGUUCCUUAUCCAACGGCGUUGUUACGCAGCUGCGUCACCUGGGCCGCUGCCAGCUGCAUUGGGUAAGGGAGGGUCCAGGAGCUCUAUGGUAGAAGAGCGGGUCGUGAAUGCUAUGAAAGAAGAAUCUGGGCUUGGCUCUUCAUCUUCUUGGGCCCCAGAUCCCCUAACUGGAUAUUACAGGCCCUCCAAUUGUGCGAACGAAAUUGACCCGGUGGAGCUCCGAGAAAUGCUAUUGAAACACAGAACAAAGUGAGCCCAAGCCUACAACAGUGACUAGCAGAACAAGAGAUAUGUGUAGGACUUGGAUGUAUCAUUAUGAGAUCGUUGUGGUGUCCUUGGCAUUAAUGAUUUUUAAUUAAUUAUAAUCCUGAUUAUGUGGGCUCAGAGCACCAA